AUGCGCUACGAACAGUGGAACAGUGGAAACAAUAAUUUCAAAGAAAACACAAACAGGAUGUCUCAUCGUAAAUUCGAAGCUCCCCGUCACGGCUCUCUGGGUUUCUUGCCCAAGAAGCGCACCAAGCACCAUGCUGGUCGCAUCAAGUCCUUCCCCAAGGACGAUUCGGGUGAAAAGCCUCACUUGACUGCUUUCCGUGGAUACAAGGCCGGUAUGACCCACGUCGUCCGUGGUGUCGACCGUCCCGGUGCCCUCAUGCACAAGCGUGAAGUCGUCGAUGCCGUCAGUAUCGUCGAGACUCCUCCCAUGGUCGUUGUCGGUGUUGUUGGAUACGUCGAAACCCCCAGCGGUCUUCGCACUUUGACCACUGUCUUUGCCGAGCACUUGAGUGAAGAAUUCAAGCGUCGUUGCUACAAGAACUGGUACAAGAGCAAGAAAAAGGCAUACACCAAGUACGCAACCAAGUACCAAAAGGAUGGAGGCAAGGAAAUCGAGGCCGAACUCGAUCGCAUUCGUAAAUUUGCCACUUCUGUGCGUGUCAUUGCUCACACCCAGGUCAAAAAACUCGGACUUCGCAUCAAGAAGGCUCACAUAAUGGAAAUCCAAGUCAACGGAGGAGAUACUGCUGCCAAGGUCGACUUUGCCAAGGAUCUCUUUGAAAAGGAAUUUACCUUUGAUACCAUCUUUGCCAAGGACGAGCAAAUUGAUGUUAUUGGAGUUACCAAGGGUAAAGGAUUUGAAGGAGUCACCACUCGUUGGGGUGUCACCCGUUUGCCCCGUAAGACCCAUCGUGGUCUUCGAAAGGUUGCCUGUAUUGGAUCAUGGCAUCCUGCCCGUGUCUCCACCACCGUCCCUCGUGCUGGUCAAAACGGAUACUUCCACCGUACUGAAAUGAACAAGAAGAUCUACCGCAUUGGAAAGAAGGGAGAUGAAGCCAGUUGUCAGACCGAAACUGAUUUGACCAAGAAGGGUAUCACUCCCAUGGGUGGAUUCGUCCACUACGGUGAAGUCAAUGAGGACUGGGUCAUGCUCAAGGGUGCCAUUGUUGGUGUCAAGAAACGCCCCGUCAUUCUUCGCAAGAGCAUGAUGAAGCAUUCUUCCAGAAAACAUUUGGAAACCAUCGACAUCAAGUUCAUCGAUACCAGUUCCAAGCAAGGUCAUGGCCGCUUCCAGACCAAGGAAGAGAAGGCCAAGUUCCUUGGGCCUUUGGCCAGCAAGGCCACCCAGUAA